AUGACAAAAACCGUUGAGGAGCAAACCGUCGACAAGCUCAACCAUGUUCAAUCGGGUGGUGUGCACAAGGAACCUAAAAAGCCAAGAGUAAAGCAGGCAAAAUAUGCGAUGCUUUUAGGCUAUCAAGGCAAAAAAUACUACGGCAUGCAGCUUCAAAAAGACCUGCCCACAAUUGAAUCAAAGCUUCUUGAGGCAAUGGAGACGGCCGGUUGGAUCACGACCGCUCAAAAAGAAAAACCAUUUGAUUUCUUUUUUCAAAGAGCGGCGAGAACUGAUAGGGCAGUAUCAGCUGCUAGACAGAUGUGCGGAAUGCAACUACCCAGAGAUGACGCCAAGUAUCAAGCUGAGGGAGCUGGAAUUCUUAACAACAUUCUUCCAGCCGAUAUUCGUGUUUUUGGAAUGCGUCGGACCACGAAUUUCUUCCAUCCACAGAAGCAGUGUGAUCAUCGAACCUAUAGCUACACGUGUCCAUCUUUUGUGUUUGCAAAGCCUACGGAGCUCACCAACUCCUCUUUCCGACUUUCCCCGGAAACCUUGGCAGAGGUGAACAGUAUUCUCUCAAUCUACCUCGGAACCCACAAUUUCUUCAAUUAUACCGCUAAAAGAGCCUACGAUGAUAUGAGCUCCAAUCGAUACAUUAUCUCAUUCGAAUGCAAAGAACCAUUCCUUUUUCGUGACGAUUUUCGUAAAGAAGACGUGGAAUUCGUGCAAAUUGUGAUUAAAGGACAAUCAUUUGUACUUCAUCAGAUUCGAAAAAUGGUCGGAAUGGUGAUUACAGUCAUUCGGGAACUGCAUUUAAAGUCGUCGAUUCAAAGAUCAUUCGAGGGACAGCGAAUGGAUAUCCCAAUGGCUCCAGGACUGGGUCUCCUCCUCGAGCGGACUCAUUACGAUUCCUACGAUCGAAAGAAUUCAAAAUCCCACGAACCACUGACCGAUUGGGGAGAGAUCAUCGAAAAAGAAAUCGAGCGGACCAAGUUCGAGCUCAUCACCAAGGAUAUGAUCGAGACGGAGCUGCUCACUCAGGGAAUGCUCAAAUGGCUUGCGGAUCUUGUUCAUCACGACUUCACGGCUAAUGCGGAAGCUGAGGAGCCCGAGAAGAAGACUUUUGUGACGAUGGCGGCGGCUUGUGCGAGCAAGGCGGCCAAGGAGCAGGAUGGUGUUGCUCCAGAGGCUCAAGAUGCUCCGAAGGAAGCCGAGGCUCCAGCAGAAGUCACUCCUGAGCCAGUAGCAGCGACGUCGUCUGGAUAAUUUAUAAUUUUUGAUUUAACUGCUGUAAAAUUUGUUGUUUUUGUUGAUUGAUAAAUUGUUUAAAAGUAAAAAAUAAUAAUAAUU